AUGCUGACUGCCAAAAAACAUCAGUAUCAGUUCCGAGGCGACAGAGUUGUCAGUUGGAUAACGGUUCUUUCACCAAUUGUUAUUCUCCUUUUCAUCGUUCUCUUUCUCCCAGAAACAUUCAGUAUAGACGGCCUUCAAAUAAAGGGUAUUCCUGAUCUACCAUCUAACUCGUCAUGGGACACUGGAAAGGACCUUCCAUACAUUCGAAGCUUCUGCUGGGCUCACAUGGCUCACUUCGACAUUGACGGAAACGGAAAGAUCAUCGAUACAUCCAAGAUAAGCCUCGAUCAUUAUCAGUAUCUCCCAGCCUUCAUGCUCAUGGUAUGCUGCGUAUUCAUCGGAGUAGAGAUAUUCUGGUGGGUGGGGGAAAUCGAGCGCGUUCCAUUUCACGUCGACUAUUUUAUAAAUUGCCUGGAGGAUGCGUUUGAAGAGUUUGGGAGAACUUUGCUGCUUGAAAAGACGUUGCAGACGUCUGAAAUGGUGGUGAAUUCCGCCUGUGAUGACUCGGAUGGAAUCAACGACGACAACGCUCCAAUUUUAUCUAACAGAUUAUCUGCUGGAUCAUUGACGAACUCGGAAUUGAUGGAAAUCUACCACGAGCAAAAAACUGACCUGAAUUUUUCCAAUUUCGAAUUGUUCGUCCAGAGAAUGGCUCGCUCGCAAGACAUGGUGAAGACGAUUUUUGCCCGGCGAAUUCUUCGUUUCUUUGCGCUUUUCAUCAUCGAUGCAACGCUGUACCUGAUUUAUCUGAAUCCGACGAGACAGCUUCACGAGUUCCGUUGUCCUUUGCCAGAAGCGUAUAAAAUUGACGGAGCGGAAGGAGCUGUGCAGGAAACUGUUCAGGCGCUCUUUUCUGGUGUUAGCCAAAGAACAUUGUUGCUGUCUGCUUACUUCUGCAUCAAUCUCCUCACACUGAUCGUUCUCCCGUUCUGCUGGACAGUUAGCUGCGCCGCUUGGCGAAGAGGGUAUAAUUUGCUUUUCUGCCUCCCAUUUGGUUUCGGAUACAUAAGCGAUAAUAAUUAA